GUCAAGACCAGAACGCAAUCUGAGUGUCUUCUGCUAUGCAGAGUUUAAACUUAGACUGAUGGGCUAUUCAUGUCUCGUCCCUGGAUUCUCCACAUUACUGGCAAACCUUAUUUUGCCAGAUAUGGCAGAAGACAUGGGCAAUACCCAUGACUUCAUCUGGGAGAAAGAGUACAACUUUGGCAGAAGCUCUUUUGUCUACACUACCCAUUAUGGUCUCUUUUGAAAGCCUGACAUUGCAUGAGGCUGUUGAAUUAUGCUUCAAGAAGUUGGGGCUCAUCCUUUUAGGCAUCAAAACUGAUGAGGGCCAUAGUAGCAAGAUCAUUGUAUAUCCUAGCAAUGCAUAUUUUGUCAUCCCAGAAAAUACUGUGGGAUAUUUUUGCACUCGGGAAAUUGAGAUUCUUCAAAGAGCUUCGGUACAUUGUUCCUUGUGCAGUCAGGAUGAGGAAAGACUGUUUGAUGGCCCUUGUAAAUGUGAUAAGACUGAAAAGAGAAAGAUGAAAGUUAAGGCCCAGGAUUGUGACAAGACCUCAGUCUGUGCUUCAGAUGCUGGUCCUGCAAGACCUUUACAGACAGUAGAUGAGAAUUUUGUUGGCUCCUCUGAGAAAAAGUUUGAUGAGUUCAUAAAGACACAAGACGAGCUGAAGGCUUUUGAUUUACACGGCCAUGUAGUUGUCUUCAUCAUAGCCAAUCAAGAUUCGCCAGCCAGUGGACUCGAGAACCUAUGCCAACCUUUGAGGUCCAAUUGUGUCCAUCCUUCUCACCUCCAUAGGAUCAUCAUCAUAGGACCACUCGACUACCUGAGGAAAGAAUGGGUCCAGUUACGGGGAAUCCCUGAGAUUUACUUUGCUGAUGGUUAUCCAUGGGCCAAAGAAACCCUAGAGGUUGUGAAACUGGCCUCUUGCCAGAUGUGUGUCCUCCUCAAUGCAGGACCAGAGAAACUAGAUUCAAAUUUCAACUUCGCAUUUGAAGUGCUGAAGGCGACUUCAAGUCAGUUAGUUCGCACCAAGAACAAGGCAGCUAUGAUGUUUGGCGGUGCUCCCACAGUGAACAGACUUUGCAACUUCUGUAAGAGGCUUCCUGUUCUAGUGAGCCAUGUCACUGAUGAGCCGAUGACAUCUGCCAAUGACACCCUUGCAGUGGCCAUAGGAUGGACAAUUCCUCCUGCACUCUGUCACUCCUUUGCAUAUUUGAACUAUAGCAGACCAGAUGUCCUCCGUUUUGCGUGCACACUCCUGCAAGGUGGACUAUCACAUGAAUCUCUUGUGGAACAAAGUUGGGUUGGUUAUGAUCAGGUUCAAGUACGACUACUAGAUCCUCUAGAUGCAAAGUAUGAGACAAUCAAUAAUAGAGGAACAUAUGGAGAACUCUUUUGCCUUGCCCUGCAUAGCAACAUGCUAUGCCUUGGACUCUACAGAGAACUGGUUGAAUGUUCUGAAGAACCUCGUGCGAGAUAUGUGAUAACAAACCCUGAAGAUAAUUUUGAAGUGUACUCGACUGACCUCGUGUUCGUCCUGUGCCGCAGAUCGAAGGAGGACAGUCAACCCAGAAGAUCUGAUUGUGGACUUGAAGCUUAGAGAAUUAUAGGGGCAACGAUGCUUCUAAUGAAGUGGUGAGGGACAGAGGAAACAGACUUAGUAGCAGCAAGUCAGACAAAUGUUCGUGGUCCACAAGUUGUCAUCACUCCUCAGCAAAUGAUUAGGAAGAAGGCAAUCAUGAGGCCAAUUUUAUUUUAUUUCUUCCUUCAGUUAGGCAGUUAUCUAAUAGAUCUUAAUGGUGUACUAUUUUGUAUUUAGUUAACUCAUCAACUGAGUUUAAAGUAUAGGAGUAGGAUCAUCUGAUAAUCAGUUCCAGGAGUCAUUUUUAUAUCAAGUCAUGAUGUUGCUUUUCCUUUAUUUUGCAAGUAGAAUAUCUGUAAUGGGCCUGAAAAUAUUUUUAUUUUUAAGUGUGGAAUAGAGAAUCUACAACCAUUUCCCUUAAGGGUCCAUGCCGUGUGUUUUUUUUUUCCUCUCUUUUUUUAGUAAAUAAAGAGAAAUUGAC